UUGUACGGAGACAGUGUGACUGAUGCAGGAGGGAAAACGCAGGCACUGGGGCAACCAGGCAACCUCGUGCACGAGCCAAGGCUGAAAGGACUCCUUGCCCAGACUCCCCCACUUGAGUUCUUCGCUCACUGCUUCCAGCCUGGAGACCUGGUGUUAAUAAAAUCCUGGAAAGAAGACUGACUCCAGCCCAGCAGGGAAGGCCCCUACCAAGUGCUCCUGACCGCAGAGACUGCAGUGAGGAAGGCUGAAAAGGGUUGGACUCAUUACAUCAGAGUAAAGAAACUGACUGGGGAAUCUGGGGACAAAGCAGAGAAUUGGCAGGUGUCCCAGGUGGCUAACCAACCCUUAAGGCUGAAACUAAAAAGAACCUAAAAAAUGUUAACUUUUAUCCUUCUGACUUUGUAUUUCACAGGCAAGUCGCAGGGAGCCCUAGGAUGGGAAGGAACUCCUGGUUAUCCUGUCAAACUGGUAAUCAAUAUUACUAAAACAUCAAGCCCCCAAACCAUUAGGUUUGAUUCUUGUCAGGUUCUCUCUUGUGGUGACCUAAAUGACCAAAGACAGCUUUCUGGAGAUAAUAAGUAUCUCUGUCCUGAAUGGACAAAUUUUAAUAGAAUAAAAAGGGCAAGUGGGCCCCCAUGUCCAGGGUGGAGCAAUGUUUGGUGGACAACCCAGUUUCAAGGAUGUACAGCCCCUCAUGCAGCAGAAAAAUCAUUAAAAAGAAAGCUCCACUUAGCUAAAGGAAUUCCUCCUGAUAAUUGCCAGGACAGACAGUGUAACCCCCUUUUAUUAACUAUACAUAAACCUCAAGACUUAGACUCAGACCCUGUAAUUGCCCCUUGUGUUUAUGGGCUCGGUGCAGAUGUCAUUGCAGUAGAUCCUGUGGGAAGGUUUGGUCUUAAUUUAAUUGAAGACAAGACUUCACCCAUAGUGACCACUCCCAAUCCCGAGGGAAAUAAUGAGCCAGAGCUUCCCCAUAAUGACCCUAGACUAGUUCCUGUAACAGAGAUAAAAGAUCUAAAGCAGACUCUUGAAAUAGAGAUAGGUUAUGGAGACACCAAUGCCUGGGUAGAGUGGGUUAAAUUUUCAGUACUCGCUUUGAAUAAAAGCGAUUGUUACGCAUGUGCUGCUGGAUGGCCACAGGCGCUGGUGGUCCCAUUCCCUCUCAGCUGGGACACAGACCCCACUGGGAUGAACUGCAUGUUGGCCCUGUAUCAGGACAAGGACGCUUGGGAAAAUGAGACUUGCAAGGGCUUGUCUUUACUCUUUCAUGCACUAAAGAAGUCAGACCCGAGGGUAAUCCCCUGUUUUUCCAUAGGGAAGAUGAAUCACUCCUCAUGCCUCUCUAGGCAAGGGGAAGGUUUUACAACUCCUGUGGGGAACUUACUGACUUGUACCUACGUCCUAAAUGUCUCUAAAGAGGGCAACUUCUCAAAAUUAUGCAUCCCUCGAGCGGAUGUUUGGUGGUACUGUGGAAAGGGGAACCUGUGCUACUCAUUGCCACCCACCUGGACUGGGACUUAUGCUUUAGUCCAAUUGGCAAUUCCAUUUACCCUGGCAUUUCUCUCCACACCCAAUGAAAAACAUUUUCAUAGAAGUCGCAGAUGAUUACAAGGAUCCUUUGAUUCGAAUGUAUACAUUGACUCAAUAGGAGUCCCUAGGGGAGUCACUGAUGAAUUUAAAGCUAGAAACCAAAUAGCUGCAGGAUUCGAAUCGGCACUAUUUUGGUGGUCCACCAUCAACAAAAACGUAGAUUGGAUCAAUUACAUUUACUAUAAUCAACAAAGAUUCAUUAACUAUACCAGGGAUGCUCUUCAAGGAGUAGCUAGUCAACUAGAUGCUACCAGCAGAAUGGCCUGGGAAAACAGAAUAGCAUUAGAUAUGAUGUUAGCAGAAAAAGGAGUCUGUGUUAUGUUAGGGGAAAAAUGUACUUUUUUCCCAAAUAAUACUGCCCCUGAUGGUACUAUUACUAAAGCCCUAC